UAGAAAAUGUGUUGGAUUUUAGAACAGCCAAGUGGUGUUAUUGUUUACAAAUUGGUGACAGUUCUUGCUUUAAAAUAGCGAUAAUUUUGGUUAAAUUACUCUAAUUUCCCCGUGAUUAAGCAUAUCGCUGUAGCAUUGCUUAGCAGAAGUAUUCUUCAUUAAACAGUGACUAGUCAAAAUGGAGGCCCAGAAACAGAAUGAGGAGAAGCUACGGGAAGCCUGCUGCUACGGAGACAACGAAGCCGUCAUUGCUCUGGUUACUAGAGGUGCCAACAUCAACAGUAAACACGAGAUAAAUGGCUGGACUGGACUACACUGGGCAGCGAAGCGAGGGAACUUGGAAACCGUGAGGUGGCUGCUUGCUAAUGGGGCCGAUCCAAAGAUGACCAACAACCAGUCUCAAACCCCUGCUCAGCUGGCGACUAAUCCACACAUACUGCAGUUAUUAGGUACCGACAGCGCGAGCCCAGAAGGAACAACCUCCAGUUCCGAGUCCCUCCCAAUCACACCCAGUUACAUGGCACACCCCCCCCCAAUCAACCAGACAGGUCGCAGCACAAACAGCCCGCCCUCGAAGCCGCUGACCAACGGGAUAACGGAGGUGAACGGGUAUCCUGGCUCGGGCAGCCUUCCUCCCAACAGCAACCCAUCCACGUCCAGCUGUGUUCCUCGCCCAGGGAUGAACCCCCCACAGGCACAGGACUUAACCCAUAGUAAGCCUAAAGAGCUGGUGUUGAAGGUUCGCGUGGCCAACACCGACGACCCCGACUUCAUCGAGAUAGACUUCCCCCUCACGCACAUGAACUUCAGCCAACUCCUCACCGUGUGCUGUAAAGAGUUGGCUGUCAAUCCUCAGAUGGUGGAGAGAAUAAGGAAACUACCCAACACCCGCCUUCGAAACGACAAGGACGUGAGGCGCCUGGAAAACUUCACCGAACUAGAGCUUGUCAUUAAAGGGCAGAGCAGACCAGCCUUAACACGAUCGGACUCCCAGUCAACGUCUAAAAAUAGCUACCAGUCCAUUUCUUCCUUUAAAAACCAGACCAUUUUGUACUGAUCGAGGAAUUUUCUUCAGGAUACAAUGUGUUCUCUGGAGAUUUUGUAGAAGAAAUGUGCUAAUUUUUAUUUGUGUAUUGAUUUUAUGAAUUUGUUGUUUUUGUAUUAUGUAACAUUUUUGUUUUGAUAUGUUUAUGGAAAAAAAAAAAACGUUUUUACACCAGGGUGUAGAUGUUACAUUUGAAAAGAAGUCCAUUUGUAGCGAGCUUCCAGAUUAUGUAUAGCAUGAAGAUUGUAAUAUACUUGGCUUUCAUUAUGUUUAGUAAGUAAAUUAGAAAAUUAUAAAGAACAGUAACUUUAACGAAAGAAAAGUAGCAAAGCCUUGCUUUUUAUUGGUUUUACAUGUAUAUGCAUAUGCACGAACACACCCACACCCAUAACCAUGCCCACAAGCACUCCAGCACACACACACACACACACACACACACACACACACACACACACACACACACACACACACACACACACACACACACACACACACACAUAUAUAUAUAUGCAGUAUAUGUACAUGGUUAUUUUCUUUCCUAUGAUUUUCUGUCAGUGUAAUGCAUGCUAACUAGAUGAUGUUGGACUCUGUACUUACUGGGUAACUUUUUAAAAUGGGAGUUUUUCUAUCAAUCUCUCAGAAAUAUUUGUUUUCCUUCUUCUUUGGUAGGGAAGAAUGUUGUAGGAAGAUUGAUACAGUAUUCUUUACGUAUUUUGUGCUUCUGUAUUCAUUUGAAUCGUGACUUUACCGAGAAGUGAAUUAAGUACAUUAUCAUCCCCUCAGAAAGGGACUAUUGGAACAAAAUAUGCUAUUCUUGCCAUAUUUGUGAUUAAAACAGGAGGUACGAGAACUUACCUUUGUCUUCUGUCUAUUGACCCAGUCAUGAUCAGCUUUGUAUGGGUGUCAUGAUGAAACGAUUAGGUGUAAACCAAAGGGGUAUGGGUCACCAAUAAGUUACGUCAUUGAAAGUAAGGCAAGAGGUGUCAGGAAGCCAAAACUGGAUAGGUGUUUAGUAAUGGAGUCGAGGCAUCUCUCAGACGGAAAAAAAAAGAUACGGUGGUAGUACAUGGUUGAAGAGGGUACAUUGUGGUAGAUGUGUGAAUGAGAAUUAAUAACUUCAGAGAGUAGGAUAUGUAUUUGACCUGUUUUAGUUUUUAUUUUUAUCAGAAUUAUAGGAUAGUUCUGAUAAAGACAUAACUUGAAAAUGUAUCACUUAUAUGUCUUGCUCUUCUGAAGUUAAAAAUUUUCUUUCAUUACUGUGAUUCUCAACACCUUUAACCAAAGCCAAGAGUGGCAUAAUAAAUGGAAGAAUUAUGUUAUUUGUUAUUUCCAAUUUCCUUGUUUUACCAUACUUGGUUUUGUUGCUUUCUUGUCAGUGCCUGUUUUUAUUUGUGCCAUUUAUUUAGUUGAAAUUGUAGAUACAGUUAUUUCAUUCUUGAGACUAUUGGGUGUAUUUUUAGAGGAAACUGAACUACUGUAUUGGUUCAGUAUGAUAUUUAUUUAUGAUAUUCUUAGUUAUAGGAAUUGCACAUGAAUCAUGCAGAGUUAUAGCAUAUUCGUUGCUUGCUGUCUAUAGUAAUUAGUUUGUAUUUUCACACAUGAGGAUGGAGAUAUCUACUUGAAGAAUUUAUGCGUCAUUUCAGAUAGUUGUAAAUGACGCCAGUUAAACCAAAGAAACCAUUCUACUUCAAAGAACUCUUUCUAUAUUAGUAUAAGGCUUAAAAAGGGAGAAGACUAACAAUUAGCAGUCUGUGAUUGUUUUUUAUAAGCUUACAUGAAGAAUAUUUAUAAUGCUCCACUAGAAUGCUAGUAAAGAAAAUGUUCUUUUAGGUGAGACAAAUAGAUAUGAGAUGGGUUUAGGGAAAGAAAAUUUUGAAUGAAACUACCUUGAAAAAUGAUGUUCCAUUUGCUAUGAGGAUGAACAAGAAAGUUGUUUGUUUGAUAGACAUUUAAGAUACAUUCCAACAGGCAUGGGAUGGAGAAAUUGCAGACAGUAGUAGCUUAAUAAGUGAAGAGAUACUUAAAAGAAUUUUUCAAAUGAACAUCAAUACUUUGCAAUGUGUUUCCCUGAAAAACAGAAAGAAAAAACGAAAAUUAUGUUUACGCUUAUUUGUUGGUCCAUCCAGUGAACUACUAAGAAGUUUGACCAUAUAAAUCUUACAGCUUACAUUUCAUUCUGCAAAGAGUUUUGCAGAUGAGAGUCAUUUAGUGCAUCAGAAAAGGCUUGUGUACUUAGCACCUUUGAUUUUAAUAUAUGCAUAUAUUAAGUCCUAAGAGGUAUGGAUAUUUGAUGUACUUCUUUCAAGAGAGCUAUGCAACACAUCCUUUUGAUAAUUUGCAUCUCUCACUUGUUGUGAGGAAGAUAAUGAGUGAAUGAGUGUGUGUCUAUGCCUGUCCAAGCAAGCAUGUGGAGAGUAUAUUCCUUUUAGAACAGUUUAUGGAUAAAACUUUUAGUUGAUGGUAUGUGGAAAUAUAUCUGUUUUCUUUUUCCUUGAAGGGUAUUUUUGUUUCAUUUUUAUCAUUCUCUCUUCUUCCUUUUUCCUCUUUUCGCAAGGCAUAUGUCAGUGCAAAAGUUGGUUAAUUGAUAUUUCCUUCUAUACGUCCUGCCACUCAGUACAAAUUACCAAAAUUGUGGCUUUAUAUUUCAGACAUGGGGAAAAAAAAAAAAAAAAAUUGUACAUAGAAAUAUUAGCAGAUCCUGAAAAGGGCAGGAUAGUUUUUCCACCUGACAUUUCCAAAGAACUUGAUUCAGUAUCAUUUGUGAUAAAAAGUAGUGUGUGACAUCAUCUAGUCUUUUCAGUUCUAAUCAAAAUUAUAAUCUUUUUUUGGGUUUAUUAUAAGCAUUGUUAUUAUUGUUUAUUGUUAUUAUUAUCAUUAUCAUGAAUAAUUGUUGCUUUUGUAUAGAUUCAGUGAUAUUCUGUUGGUUAUACAUUUGAACAGUAAGUCAUGAAAUGUUUUCUGAACUUGUGAAUUAUAUAGAGACGUGACUAUGUUAUCAAAUAAGAUGUGAAGGAUGAAAAUGUAUAAGGUUUUCUUUUUCUGAACAUACAAUUUUGAUAUUUAAAAUUUUGGUUUUAA